CCAUUCAUCGUGCUCACCCUCGUCUGUGGUCUCGUCGCAACGAAGCCAAGCUCCAAAUCCCGUCCACAUUUCCGUUCAUUCCCACGGCCUACCUACUCUUCUUGCUACGUUUUGCCAGUCUACUCUAGUCCCAAUUUGUUUCAACACCCACAACACGAGAUGGUCCGUCGUCGAAAGUUCGGUGACACAUGCUGGGCCCCGGGCGAAUCAUGCUUGGCAUCUUGAGACUCGCUGCUCUUCAGCCUCAAACCCUCCGAGUCCUGAGCCUCUGGCCUGCAGACUGGCGCAUCUGCAAGACUGCACCAGCCUGCCAUUGGCCUUGGUAGGCACCUUGUGUAGUCCCGCAGACACAGUACGUGCCGCCGCGCUGUGUUUCUCAAUCUGAAGAUCUCGCUUCAGCCUUUCACCUCAAGUCUGCCAAACCCACCCACCCACCCACACCUGUCGCUAUCAGGGCUGGCCUACCUAAAUGAGGUCGGAGUGAGGCAAGGCUACGCAGUAUGGUUUGUCGUUGCUGGCAGUUCGCAUCGCUGCAGCAAUGCAACGUUAAUUUGGCUUCCAGAUUCUCCAAGCCUAUGCUCAAUAUCGCCGUUCCUGCAUGACGAGGCUCUCUCUCCCUCUCUCUUGGGCUCUUACUCACGUUCAGAGUUGAGGAGAGCAUUGCCGCCCGCUGGCGUCGUAUCGCCGAUCAAGCUCCGCCCGCGGAACCCAGUUCACGUCUUGUCGUCCGACAAAUGCGUGUGCGCGUCUCCAUCAAGAACCACUCAUUGUAUUCGUUAGCCCCCCCUUCGAUGUAAGCCUGCCACGAGGCCAGCGCCAGAGAGGGCACAGCGACAGCCAAGAUACGACACAACCAACACCCCAGGCCGUCCAACUAAAGGCAACAAGACAGUCAAGACUAGGUACUGCGUUACCUGCCUGCGCCAAGCCGUGAGCCGGCAUGAAGAGGAGGCUCUGUUGAUCUGGUGCUGGGAUUGGUCCAUGGGGAUUUCUGGGGCCCUGCUACACACCAUCUUCUCGUCUGGAUAGCGCAUGGCGACGGCCCAGGGGAGUCCCGUUUCAGAUGCAUUUCAGAGGUCUCAGGCCGUGCAUUGCCCAGCACCAAACCGACCCAUGGGUGUCCAGUGAUGACUUGAGCCGCGACUACAUGUCCCGCCUCUCAAACACUCAGACAGGGAGAGAUGGGACUGCCCAGCCCAUACAAAAGCAUAAGUGAUUUCCCCUCUUUCAUGCUGUGCUGCCUCUUCUUGGACCUUUUCCCGCUCGACCGUUUCCACCUUUUUCUUCUUGUCAAACUUCCUUCUUCACUUCUCAACAGCGCACUGGGGGCAGCUUAGACUUAUUUACCAUACAAUUUUUCUCUCCUUACUUUCGUCUCCUUUCUCUCCCGUCGAAACGAAUCUCACGAAUCUCUAACGAAACGAUCACGAAAAUCCGACAAGAUGGGUCUCAUUCUUCCUCUCAGAAUUGUCCAGGGUGUUCUGGCGUUGGUGAUUCUCGGUCUCUCGGCCUUCAUCGCCAACUGGUACAACAUGGACACGAUGACUUCGUCCCCGUCCCAGGUCAACUUCUUGGUCUUCGUACCGCUCUGGUCUUUCAUUUCCAUUGCCUACCUCGAGCUUGUUCCCAAGUUCGCUCCUAGAGCCUCCCACCCCUGGGGUGCCGUUGCCUUUGAGCUCCUCAACGUCCUCUUCUACUUCGCCGGCUUCAUUGCCCUCGCCGUCUUCCUCAGCAAGCUUCUCUUCUGCCGUGGCACCGUGUGCGCUGUUGCCCGUACCGACACCGUCUUGGCCGCCUUCGAGUUCGCCCUCUGGUCCGCUACCUCCCUCCUCAUGGUCAAGGAUGUUUUCAAGACGGGGUUCCGCAAGCCCAGCGCCGCUGGCCCCCCUCCUCAAAUGAAGGAGUCUGCGUAAGCUACGCCGACUCCUUCAAGUCUUUCCACGUCGCCCUCGAGGAGCGCAGACGUGAGGCAUCUGUGGAGCUGAUUAGAGCCAAGCGGAUGCCGUCGUGGGACCGCAAGAGUGAUCGAAAAUCCAUCUGGGAACUCGACCAGAGACGCAUCUACGGCCCGGGAUUUAGUGAUGUGAACCUCGUCUAGAUGACUGGUACACACGAAACAGGAAAUGGGGGAAGUAACAGCAGUGGAUGUGUUUGGUGUCAUUCGGUUGACACUGAACCCAAGGUACAACGGAAAAAAGUGCGUGAAUCGGAUACAGU